GUGGGUGUUGGUUGGUGUUGGUUUACCGCCGUUUGUUUUCUUGAGCGCGUUUGGAAGAUGGAGACGCACAUCUCAUGUCUCUUCCCGGAGAUUUUAGCCAUGAUUUUCAGCUACUUGGACGUGAGGGACAAAGGCAGAGUGGCCCAAGUGUGCACGGCGUGGAGGGACGCAUCCUACCACAAGUCCGUGUGGAGGGGGGUGGAAGCCAAGCUGCAUCUGAGGCGAGCGAAUCCGUCCCUGUUCCCCAGCCUCCAGGCGCGGGGCAUCCGGCGCGUUCAGAUCCUCAGCCUGCGGCGCAGCCUCAGCUACGUGAUCCAGGGAAUGCCCAACAUCGAGAGCUUGAAUCUGAGCGGCUGCUAUAACUUAACGGAUAACGGCCUGGGGCACGCGUUCGUGCAGGAGAUCCCUUCCCUGAAGGUGCUCAAUCUGAGCCUUUGCAAGCAGAUCACGGACUCCAGUUUGGGCAGAAUAGCGCAGUAUCUGAAAAACUUGGAGGUGCUGGAACUGGGCGGCUGCAGUAACAUCACGAACACGGGCUUGUUGCUCAUCGCGUGGGGUUUGCACAGACUCAAAAGUCUUAAUCUGAGGAGCUGCCGGCAUGUUUCGGAUGUGGGCAUAGGGCACUUGGCUGGCAUGACCCGGAGCGCGGCGGAGGGCUGCCUCAGUCUGGAAUACCUGACCUUGCAGGAUUGCCAGAAGUUGACGGACUUGUCCCUCAAGCACAUUUCGAAAGGCCUGACCAAGCUCAAAGUGCUCAACCUGAGUUUCUGCGGGGGCAUCUCGGAUGCUGGCAUGAUCCACCUCUCUCACAUGACGAGCCUGUGGAGCCUUAAUCUGCGUUCGUGCGACAACAUCAGCGACACGGGCAUCAUGCACCUCGCCAUGGGCACGUUGAGACUCUCUGGACUCGACGUGUCGUUUUGCGACAAGAUAGGCGACCAGAGCCUGGCUUAUAUCGCGCAGGGCCUGUACCAGCUCAAGUCGCUGUCGCUGUGCUCGUGCCACAUCAGUGACGAUGGCAUCAACAGGAUGGUGCGCCAAAUGCACGAGCUGAGGACGCUGAACAUCGGCCAGUGCGUGCGGAUUACAGACAAAGGACUGGAGCUGAUCGCAGACCACUUGACGCAGCUGACCGGCAUCGAUCUGUAUGGAUGUACGAAAAUCACUAGGGGACUGGAGAGGAUCACGCAGCUCCCCUGCCUUAAAGUUUUGAACCUGGGCCUUUGGCAGAUGACUGAAAGUGAGAAAGUGAGGUGAAACUUGGGGGGUUUUUGGAGGGAGGGAGGAAGGGGGAUGGGUGAAUUUCAAUAGAGCAAAGUACAUAAAAAGAAGCUUAAAAUGCUGAAUGUGAUACAUGUGCCAGUUAUUGCUAUUAUAACACACAAAAAGUUGUUUUGUUUUUUCUUAACAAAUCGCAAUAUUAAACCUCCUCCUCCCAGAGUGUCGCGAUAUUUUGGCUACCUCGUUAGAUGUAUUAUAUUGUUAUUCUUAAGAAGAAUGAGAAUUUGUGCCUAGAAAAACAAUCCCCUCCCCCUUUAUCUCGUCUUUGGCUCAAUGAAAGCAAAAAGACUGAAAGAAAGGAUGGAUUCAGACUACCUUUUUAUUUCCCUUCCUUCAGAUAGCCAACGAAAUAUCUUUCAAAACAAGUCUAUGGGUAGUUGACAUCAAAUUUCAAGCAGUUUCGCAAGCGUCCUGUGAUGUGACAGUUCACCUUAAAAUGUUGUAGAUCUUCUGUAAUUAUUAAACAAUGCCGUUUUGUGAUCUUAAAUUAAUUGAGAGACUACAUGCAAUAUUUGUGCUUUAAACAAAUAAUUUAUCACACCAUAGGACCAUUUAAAAUUAAGUAGUGAUUAAAAAUGAGAAAGAAAAAAAAUAUUUAAAAACAACAUUUUCCCUUAUACAUUGUAUAAAUGACAAGACUAAAAUCUUCAAAAGUUCAUGGACAUGCUAUAUGUCAGCUACCCUUAUGCAAAAAUACUGGGUUUGUACACUUAAGCUUUUAUAUUUCCAAUCUCUUUUAGUUUUUGCUCAAUUUUGCAGGCCUGAAAGCCUUUAAUUCCUGCUUUGAAUAAGAGGUUACCUCUGCUGAUGUAUUUAUGCUUAUGUAAGCAGAUAUUAAUUAAUGGCUGUUAUUCAGAGCGUUGUACUUCAAAUUGAAGUGAAUUUUGUCCCUAAAAAAGAAGAAAAGAAAAACCCCUGUUAGCAAUUCACUUGACACCUUGUUUGCCUCUUCACAGGAUUGAAACAGGGCACAUGGUGUUAUAAAACAAUCUGUCUGUUUUAAAUACAAUAAUAUUCAA